ACAGACAAGAAGGGAGAGGAGGAGGGAGCCAGUGGGGGGAGUGAAGCGAGGUGGAGGAGGAGACUGCAGAAGGAAAAAGGAGUGGGAGAGCAAUUCCCAAACAGCUGUCCAGCAGACGUCCCAGUCAUCCGGAGUGCAGCGCCCGGAGGUGGACACAGAAGGCAGGACAGUGUCAGCGCGCCGCAGGAGCAGCACUGCGGCACACACACACACACAGAUACACACUUCGUCCUGAGAAUCAGAGGGAUACCGGACCGGGAUUCAGAUCCAGCCGAGAAAGUGUCCCCUAUCUGAAAACCACCGCCGACAGGAGAGCCGUUUCCAGAUCGAUGCCACCAUUAUUCCUGGACUCCUGCAUGCGGCGAGUGUUUCUGAGAAUGUAACUGAAGCCCCUCCGCAGGGGAACCGUAACGUUCAAACCUACAGAGCAUUUUCAUCCUAAACAUCCGACGCAAUCCCCAACAAACAGCCAUGCCAGCCAAAGCUCCCAUUUACCUGAAACCCAUCAGCAGCAAGAAGGGUAAAAAAUGUCGGCUGAGAGACAUUUUGUCUCCUGACAUGAUCAGCCCUCCGCUUGGCGACUUCCGCCACACCAUCCACAUCGGCAAAGGCGGAGAACGAGACGCCUUUGGAGACAUGUCCUUCCUCCAGGGGAAGUAUGAGCUUCUGCCUGGGAAAAAGGACGUCCACGCUCACUAUGGCAACCAAAGUGAGUAUCUGCGAGCGCACAGCACAAGCGACGCCUCCCUCGCCGAAACUCCCUCACCGGUCCUCAAGAAUGCAAUCUCUCUCCCAACCGUCGGGGGCAGCCAAGCGCUCACCCUCCCGCUGAUCUCCUCCACCGUCUUCCCAGUGCCAGCAGAUCCGCUGGAGGACUUUAUGAGUCUGUCGCCGCCUCUGAAAGCCAAAAACCCCGAUGAGCUAGAGAUGCUCCAGAUGGACGCCCUGCUGAGGUCCAUGGACGUCUUCGACAGCGAGCCUUCGUCGCCGUUUGCCAAUCUCCAGUCGAAACCUGACGUCCUCUUGGACCUGCUGGAAGGUGCAAACAAGUCAACCUUGAAGGCGGUUGCUAAGGCUAACAAGUUAAACAAGAGCGAGGGCAGUUUUGAGAAGCCGUCGCCGUAUUUUAUCAGCGACGAUAGCUUGCGCAAAGUUAAUGGUAGUUUAAACAGCAACACUAGCAGCGACAGCUACGACAGCUUCGACAACAAGAUGGACUUCCAGAACAACGACGUCUUCAAUGGAAACGGAUACUUUAACAAUGACAUUACUGUGGGCUUCAAGCAGGAGCUGUCCAAGUGCAGCAAGGACAGGGUGGACAGGGACAGCGGCGUGGAGGAGGGACGCAUUAGCGAUUUUGAGUUUGAGCUUUCCAAGGAGAAAAGCGGCUCGCAGGAUUCCCUCAGCCAGAUCACGGGGUCGCUGCUCUCCCUGGAGUUGGACCUGGGCCCGUCCAUCCUGGACGACGUGCUCAACAUCAUGGAUAAACCCGCAGCGAAGAGCCGGCCUUAAGCUGCGCCGCGACGGAGAAGAAGGGAAUCUCAAAAUUAAGACUUCUGAGUAAUCAAAAUGGUGUCUGGAUAUAUCAUUGAGAUGAAAAUCAGCUACAGUAAACAAAGCUGCUUAUGUUUUUAUUGUCAAAACUUCUAAGUAUUCUAGCUUCUAUGGAGUCUUUAUGUUCGUUUUGUUUCCAUCCCGGCAGCAUGUUCAGGAUGCAUGUGCUUUGUGUUUCACCUCCGUCGUGCCUUUGAUUUUCAGCUGAACGUUUUCAUGUCCUCUUGAUCUCCAGAUUAACGGAGAACAUUUUCAGUUUAUAUAAUAAUGCACUUUUUGUUGUUCUUCACAUGGUUCCAAUUUACUAUUUCACAUAACACUAUGCAUAUUUGUGUUUUUGACAUUGUAACACAAAUAAAUUAAUUUUUCCUA